AUAGAAACGAAAAAAUUACAAACCUAUAAAGUUCUGCCACCGGACAUCACUUUGGCUCAAUAUAAGUUAGAUGAAGCUAAACAAAUUCUGGUUUGUAACAUUGAAGUAGGAUGUUUCAAUAUGGUUCGACAAAAUUUUGUUGGCAUUGUCGUGGGAACUGCGAUGCAAAAAACCGUUAAGGUUCGAGUGGCCAGGCAGUUUGUUCAUCCCAAAGUUCGAAAG